AUGUACAACGCAGUUCAACUCUGGGAAUCAGCACUCUCUUUUGGCGAGUGACUUAAUACCGGUUCACCUCGCUGUUAGUCCAUCACGGAGCUGCACACAUACAGCCUCAGCCCGGUGCUGUUAACAGAGCCGAAGCUGCCAGACACCGAUAAAAACCCAUUCGGCUUGUUACUGACUGACGUCUGUGCUUUACGGGGCUAACAAGACCUUAGCAAUUGAUGAGCAGGGGCCUCUUUCUUUUGGAUGCCCAGUUAAGGUUAGUGACCGGGCACGCCGUUUAACAGCUCAAAGAGACUUUGCAUUUUGCCUUUGACCGCAUCCACAGUACCCUCAGGAUCCAGACCCUGUCGCUUGUGUGGAGCGAGACUUCAUGCUAGCGUCCCACGAGUUUAAUAAACUAGCUAGGUAGCUAACGCUCGGCGUGCAGUUUGCGGUUUCAUAGCAGCCACCAGCCGUCAGUUGAUACCUCCAUCCAGUCUGUGCGAUGGGUUUACUUUCACAAGGCUCUCCGCUGAACUGGGAAGAAACCAGGAAGUAUGCUGAUCACAUCAGAAAGCACGGAAUCAUUCAAUUCCUCAACAUUUACAACAAGGUCAAGGAACGUCAGAAAGAUGUGUUAAAGUGGGGCGAUGAGGUUGAGUACAUGUUGGUGGAACUGGAUGACAAGGAUGAAAAGGUUCGGCUUGUGCUAAACGGUGGAGAUGUUUUGGAAACUCUUCAAGAACAGGGUGAAAAAACAAACCCCAAUCAUCCCACGCUGUGGAGACCAGAGUAUGGCAGCUAUAUGAUUGAGGGAACCCCAGGGCAGCCCUACGGGGGCACGAUGUCGGAGUUCAACACUGUGGAGGGCAACAUGGGGAAGAGACGACAAGAGGCAUCAUCUGUCCUGAACCACAACGAAACCCUCAGCACCAUCACCUCGUUUCCAAGGUUAGGUUGUCCAGGGUUCACCAAACCAGAGUACCGGCCGACUCCUGUCGAAAAGGGAGUGUCAAAGUCCCUUUUUUUCCCAGAUGAAGCCAUCAACAGACACCCACGGUUCAGCACCCUCACCAGAAACAUACGUCACAGAAGGGGAGAGAAGGUUGCAAUCAACGUUCCCAUCUUCAAAGACAAGCGCACUCCAUCUCCCUUUAUGGAGGAGUUUCCUGAGGAUGAUGGGGAAGCAGCGAGGGCGGCUCUGCCAGAUUACAUCUAUAUGGACGCCAUGGGCUUUGGCAUGGGCAACUGUUGUCUGCAGGUGACAUUCCAGGCUUGCAGCAUUGAUGAGGCAAGGUAUCUUUAUGACCAGCUAGCAACAUUCUGCCCCAUUGUGAUGGCGUUGAGCGCAGCCUCGCCUUUCUACAGAGGCUAUGUGUCGGAUAUUGAUUGUCGCUGGGGAGUUAUUUCUGCCUCGGUGGAUGACAGGACACAGGAGGAACGUGGGCUGAAACCUUUGAAAAACAACAAGUACAGGAUCUUUAAGUCAAGGUAUGACUCGAUUGAUAGCUACCUGUCUUGUUGCGGUGAGAAAUACAACGACAUCGAUUUGACGAUAGACGAGGAGAUCUACAAGCAGCUACUUGGUGCAGGGAUUGACAAGCUUCUGGCUCAGCACAUCGCUCACCUCUUCAUUCGAGACCCGCUCUCUGUAUUUGAGGAAAAAAUACACUUGGAUGAUGAAAAUGAGUCCGAUCACUUUGAGAACCUCCAGUCAACCAACUGGCAGACGAUGCGGUUUAAACCUCCACCUCCCAACUCUGAUAUCGGCUGGAGAGUUGAGUUCCGCCCCAUGGAGGUGCAGCUAACUGACUUUGAAAAUGCUGCAUAUGUCGUCUUUGUCGUUCUACUCACAAGAGUGAUCCUGUCCUACAAACUGGAUUUUCUAAUCCCCUUAUCAAAGGUUGAUGAAAAUAUGAAGGUGGCGCAGAGGAGAAAUGCUGUUCUAGAGGGCAUGUUCUACUUCAGGAAGGACAUCUUCAAAGGCUGCAACCCAGUUCUCGAUGGCACUGCUUCUGCUCAGAACGGCCUGGAGACCGAUGGUGGUAAUGAGGAGUACACGCUGAUGAGCAUUGACACCAUCAUCAAUGGAAAAGAGGGGGUAUUUCAAGGGCUCAUCCCGAUUCUUAACUGUUAUCUGGAAAACAUGGAAGUUGAUGUGGACACCAGGUGCACCAUUCUGAAUUAUCUAAAGCUCAUCAAGAAACGUGCCUCAGGUGAGCUGAUGACCAUGGCCAAGUGGAUGAGGGAAUUUGUUGCAAAGCACCCACAGUACAAACAGGACAGCGUCAUAACCGACAAGAUCAACUAUGACUUCUUCAGAAAGUGUGACAGGAUUGCAAAAGGCGAAGAGCAGUGCCCUGAGCUCAUUGGAAACCCAGUUAAUAAGUUCAAAUGAGAAAAAUUUAAAAACGCUAUAGGAAUGAAUCAUUGUUAUAUGAUCGAGCAUGUAAAGAAAGACCAAAUGUAAGAGGUCCAGUUGUAAGAGAAUACAACAGCAUGUGUGUGUGUGUGUUGAAAAGAAACACACCCGUAUCAAAUAUUUGUAUAUAAACACUGUAUGAGAUUUUUAUGAUUACAAGAAUAUUUUAAUAGGAUGAAGAUCUUGCAAAGCAUUGUGUAAUAGAAGAUCAGAUGUGUAUUUAUUUUUGUCUGAAAAUUAAGCAUAUCUGUGUGAGACUGUAAAUGUAGAAAUGAGUGUAUAGUAGUCUGUCUUCUGUAAAUACUGUACUUCUACUCUUUAAAACAUUAACACGUUUGUGUUUCUUUUUUUUUGACAAGAGCUUUCUUAAUAUCUGGUUGAGAUUUUUUUCCCCUCUUUUUUUUCUGCACUUAAAAAGUUUUUUUUUGCUCCGAGUGUAGUGGGACCUUUAAAUUAGUGUUGCAAUCAAGUGGAAAUAGCUUACCAUUGUUUGCAAUGUGAUGCUGUUUCAAAAAUAAAUCUGUAAUAAG